AUGUUUUUCCCCGUAGGAUGGCCGCGGGUCUUAAACGCCAACGAGCCGAGCAAAAUAAAUGCCGUAGUAUGUAACAGAGAUAAGAUUCUCUUUGCUAUCCUCACCACGGAUUCUCUCACCAUCUGGUACUGCAAACCUUGUGUACCAAUUGUAUUCAGCAGACGAUCUGAGGCUUCCUUACGAAAAUAUGGAUGGAAUGUUUUGGUUCAAUGGAGGCCAGAUUCCAGCAUGUUGGUUGUUGCAACAUCAGAGAGCUAUUUACUGUUUUACAGGCUUUCAGAUAGCAAUCCAGAAGGUCGUGGACUCUAUGAACAACGAGAUUCACCAGUUACUAGUCUGAAACGAGAUAGUGCAGAAUUGUUCAUCAAGGAAGUCAUUCCAUGUCUUGUUUUAAAUUUUGAAAAAUCAGCUUGGAUUGAUGGUGGCAUUAGUUCUCUAGUUUGCAUACGAGAUGAACUCAUGAUAGCAACCAAAACUAGCCAUGUAGUACGCUACAAAUGGGAUGGCAAUAUGAAUCGGGACUAUUCCUUAGAUUUGAGACGUAUACCGUUCAGUAUUGAUCAGCAAAUUUCUACUGUAGCUGUGCCACUCACAGAAAACAAUAUCUAUGUCACUGACAUUGAAUAUUCACCUCUUGUUGGAGGUUUUGCUAUCGUGCUUAGUGAUGGUAGAGCUGCAUUUCUCACUGCUCAGUCCUUAAAAUUUGAUCCUAACCAAGUACAAGGAAUCUGGGCUAGAGAUUUAGACGAUGCAACAUGCGCUGCUGUUAAUCAUAAAUAUCGACUAAUUGCCAUUGGUAAGCAAAAUUCUGAAGGUGUUGUUUAUUAUGUUGAUGAAACUACAGGAGGCUUAGAGAUGUCACAUACUUUGAGCCUAUCCUCCAAAGAUUAUCCAGGUCGACCAGGCAGUGUCAGGUGUCUAAGAUGGACUCCCGACAGUUGCGCUAUUGCGUUAGCUUGGGAAGGCGGCGGUCUGGCAUUGUGGAGCACCUUUGGUGCUCUAUUACUCUGUAGCUUAAAGUGGGACUAUGGCCUAAGAGUAGAUCUGACACAUGACAAUCCUUUGCACAUUCAUACGAUGGAAUGGUCGGCAGAGGGUUAUCAGUUAUGGAUGUUACGAGAAUCUCCAGGACCUUCUGUUACUGAAGAGAACGGAAACGAAACCUAUAUCAAUAGCAAUCGCUCUCUUAUUCAAUUAGAUUUCGCCAAAAGUCCCUUGACGAUUAAUCCUUGCAUGGGCCAUCACGGGCAUCUGUAUCUUCAAGGCGAGGAUAGAUUGUAUUUAAAUUUAGGCGCCGGGAUAUCUUCGUCAGCCUCAGGUUUUCAUCUUGCCACUGAAAUGCCUAGCGAUAGCAUGCUUCAGACACUCGCCGGUUGCAAGCAAUGGCUCGUUGUGCCUAUUCCAACGACAUAUAGUGGUUCCAACUGGCCGAUUCGGUAUACUGCAAUAGAUAGUGAAGGUUUGAGCCUGGCGGUUGCGGGCCGAACGGGAUUAGCGCAUUAUUCUCUACCCUCGAGAAAGUGGAAAUUGUUCGGCAAUGAGACGCAAGAGCGAGACUUUAUAGUGACUGGUGGAUUGCUAUGGCAUAAAGGAUACCUGAUAGCUAGCAGUUAUUCCAUCUUGGAUGAUAAAGACGAGAUCAGAAUUUAUCCACGUGACACGCGUCUGGAUAAUAGCUACGUCAAGAGCGUUAGAAUGCCAUCGCAGGUGUUACUACUCAAUACCAUGAAGGACAGUCUCUUGACGUUCUGCGCUAACGCGCAGAUCAGUAUCUACGACAUGGUGAUGCAAAAGGAUGUUGAAGCUGGAGGCAUUGAGCUAACGAGAAUACAGACUGUGGACAUCAGCGGACUGUGCGUACAUCCUGCUUGUGUGGUCAGCGCCACAUUGACUACAAUUCGCGCGGAAACCGCCGGCAGUCACCCUCAUCCUGAGAGUCUUUUGCUGAAUGUGUCCGGACGUCUCCUCAUGGUUCAGCGGGAACACUCCACGGACAGUUCGGACGUUCCGUUCACAUGCAGCGCACCGACAGUAUUAGCAUCCUACGUCGAGAACGUUUGGGUGCCGUCGCGUUCAAGAAGAGACAAGCCACAUUUAACAGAGGCUCUGUGGUUGUUUUGUGGGGCUCACGGCAUGAGAGUCUGGUUGCCGCUUUGGGUACCACGUAAUCACCAAGAGAAGACACACGCCUUCAUGAGCAAACGCAUAAUGCUGCCUUUUCACUUGCGGAUUUAUCCGCUGGCGAUACUCUUUGAGGACGCGAUUCUGCUUGGAGCCGAAAACGACACUGUGUUGUUCACAUCGGAUACUAACUCGCCCUUUUCACUGCCCUUCAAUUUGUUGGAGCUCACGAGCCAAGUAUAUUUGCAUCAGAUACUGCGCCAAUUGAUACGUCGAAACUUGGGUUAUCACGCGUGGGAGAUAGCGCGCUCAUGUUCCGCACUGCCGUAUUUCCCGCACUCGCUGGAGUUGCUGCUGCAUGAAGUUCUAGAGGAAGAGGCAACGAGUAAGGAUCCCAUUCCGGACGCACAGUUGCCGUCCGUUGUGGAAUUUAUUCGCGAGUUUCCCGGUGUUUGGGCGAGAGCUGUCGUACAAUGCGCCCGGAAAACCGAGAUCGCCCUUUGGCCGUAUCUGUUUUCCGUCGCUGGUCCUCCGAAGAAGCUGCUGCAAGAUUGCUUGCAACGUCAGCAGCUCGACACCGCUGCCAGCUACUUGAUCAUUCUGCAAAAUUUGGAGCCGUCCUCCGUCAGCAGACAACACGCUACAUUAUUGUUAGACGCCGCGUUGGAGCAAGGUCGAUGGGAAUUGUCGAGGGACCUCGUGAGGUUUCUCAGAGCAAUCGAUCCAAACGAUGUGGAGUCGCCGCGUACAUCAUGGAGCGGCAGUGCAAAAUUGGGUGGUCCUCCGCAGACACCUCCACUUUCUCCGCACGAGGACGAUCUGUCCUUGGUCUUAGGUACUAUGCAGGUCUCAAGAAGCCGUAGUUACAGUACUACGGUUACGCCCAAAGUACAAUCCGAGAAAGAUAUCGCGCCAUCCUCUAUGCUCGAGAAAACCCGGAAUGUCGUUAUGAGACGGAAAAAAUCGGUACCGACAGUAAAAACCGAGAAAACUGAGAACAAGGAAGGAUCGGCAGAGGAGUUUUUCAUCGACGUCAUUUUGCAACGCCACGCUCGACGGCUCCUCUCAGCUCGCCGCUUGACUGAUUUGGGCAGGUUCGCGGCUCGUCUUGACUUUCACCUGGUGACUUGGUUCGCCCGAGAACGUGACAGAGCAGCGAAAGUCGAUGACUACGUGGGAACUUUGAAGGCGGUUCAUGAGGACUUUGCAUUCCCGUAUCCGACUCUUUCGUUGCCGACAUUGCAGAAAUUUCGUAGAUCCAGUCUCACGUCUCUACACUCUGUGAUGUCUGAUGACGAGACGUUGUCGCCAAAUUUAAACGUCGAUCUACCCGAUAGUGGAUACACCAGUCUUCCAAGUGGUAGGCCACCAUAUACAACAUUGGUCUCACCCGUUGCCAGCUUAGAAACACAAUUUCCGACCGCAGAAGCCAAAUUAACACCGAAUCUAAUACACGAUGCCAACAGUGUCCUUAGUGAUACCAGUACUAUCUGGAGGGAUGACGCAGAGUCCAUCGUUGGCUCAGUGUGUUGGGUCUCACCGGAAUCAGUGGGGCCCACAGAGGUCCAACCAGCUUCAUCAGCCUCUGCGCCAAUCGGUCGAGCCGAAGUGCAGCUUAGGUAUUUGCUGCAACUCUUUCUCGAAGGCUGCUGCCUAGGAUGGGCUGCUGUAGUGGCAACCGUUCUUCGUGACGGAGCAGCCAUGGCUAGAACAGUGAGAACGGCACAUGCGCCGAUGCAGACUAUCGAUUCUGUGAUUAAUUUGAGAGAUGGACUACUCACUUUGACUAAGUGGUCUCAUUCAGAAUGUUUAGGAUACCGUCCGUUUAUGUCCAACAUCCAAUACCAAAUAUCGUUGUUGAAUAGGCUGAUAAUAUCGAAACAGCAACAGGAGCAGGAACAGAUACCGGAGAGUCCCUCACCGAGUCCGGCUCCGUCGGCCAGCAGCAAUCAACGCGGGACUCUCUCUCGCUCAAGACACUCGUCGGUCAGUCAUGCUUCCAAUACAGCUCCGUUGGAAGAGGAACGCACGCAUGAGUCAUCCUUGAUUGUCGAGGAGUCUGCGUUCCAUGGGAGCUACAAUAAUCUCAGCGUUACGGAAGACUCCUCGUCGCAGAAUACCUGCACGAUUUCUUAAGAGUGCCUUAUGAGGUACUACAGAAGUAAUGGCUGUUCAUUCCGCUGUGGAUUCUACGUAUCAAAAGGAAACUCUUCUCUCCGUUCGCAGUAUCCGUUCUAUAAGUUUUAUGAAGGAUCUUAUUUGACUACGUUACAAACUGAGAUUCCAUAUCGUUCCGCAAUCAUCGUUUUAUGAAUAGGAAUUUCACAUGGUACAUCGCUCGAGAUGCGAUGAUUCCUGUAACGCGACAAUAUUCUACAAAAUUGGUAUUAUUACUAGCUCCCCCCGACUGGUAUAGGCUGUUUGAGAGGUCCUUGUAACUCGGGAAAAUCUCGAAAAUUUGUAAAUAGAGCUUCGAAGCAUUUUUUAUUCACUUUACAUCGCGCAGAUAUUUUCGAAUGUACAGGGUGAAAUAUGAAAGAGAAUUGAUAACUCGCACUUGUAUAUAAACGCUCACUGUAUCAUUGUUAAAAGUACACGUGUCGGGAAAACAAAAAGACGAGAUACAGAAGACAAUUGUGCAAGACACAUAGUGCGAGAUUCAGAAUAUAAUUGUGCAAGACACAUAGUGCGAGAUUCAGAAUAUAAUUGUUCAAGAUUGCGGGCCACGGUAGUGCAAGAUUAAAUCUUGUCGUCGCACAGCAGCACGUGCGUGCAGGGAUGCGCAUUAGCUCAUUCGUGAAUUGUGAGCAAUAGCGGACAGCAAUAUAACGCAGCCAAUGAACAGUGGUUCAAAGACGUUAAAUCAAAAUUGGCACGCCAAAAGGUCUGAUAUUAUUAUGAUAAUUAUAUAACGUCAAGUGACGCGAAAUAUUAAUAAGCUAUUUAUACAUAUUGUAACAUAGAUAGUAAUGUAUAAAUAUAUGUUAUAUUUUCUCAUAAAACCUCUCUCAUCGCUCCAGGGAACUCAGUCGAUUCGUCGAUAGUACGAAUUGAAAGCGUAUAAGAAAAAGAAAGAAAAAUAUUCAUUAAUCGACAAACUAUGCUCGCACGCGACCAGUCGAAUUGUCAAUAUCUGAUCGAUAUCGAUUGCAUCUAGACUCGUCUUGGGGACAUGUUAGAUAUCGUGUUCCACAUUCUGACGGGAUAUUGCGGAGAAUAUUUACCUCACAGGUGUUUCACAUGCGUUACACGUGAUAUUUCCCCGUCGAUCUAUGACGUCGACUUUCCUCUAAAAAACGCGAUUACUCAGUCGCUACAAGGAAAGUCUACAAUUUAUUCUGCGGUAUAAUGGGGGAAAGGUGGUAUUGGUGUCGCGGUUGAAAGUAUCUAUUAACGAUGGCUUUCAAUCGAACUGUCAAUUAUCCGAUCCGCCAUUGACACUUCCACGAAGGUAUGUAUCUGCGUAUUUUUUACAGUUUCGAUUUAGCGUCAAUCGUCGAGUCCGUGAACUCGUGUUCACCGCAACAGGGAAAAAAAGAGUUCGUAAAAGUGCGUAUGAUAACAAAAAAGAUGCGCAGAUACUUCUCUUUCGAUUAACGUUUACAAAAUUUAUCGUAUAAAGAAGAGACACGUGAGGAAUAAUGCCAUAUUCCUGCUAGUUACCAAUAUUUUAAGCGGAUU